AUGGACAAGAGCCGCCGCCACGACAAGCAGGCCGGCGUGGGCGUGGGCGGCCGGCUGAGGCAGCGGCUGGCGCAGAUGCUCCUACACACGUCGUGCGCCGCCACCACCACCUCGGCCACCGCCUUCAUCGGCCUCGCCACGCCCACGACCACCAACGCCGCGGCAGAACCGCCUCGUCCUGCUCGCGCUCGUCCCCGGGGCGCCCACGCCUACGACCCGCGGCCGUCCGGGGCCGUCGGCGGCGGCGGAAGCAGCAGCCGCCGGCGUCACCCGCGCCGCGGCACGCGGGCGCUCGUCCACAUCUCCAUCGAAUGCUCCGGGCGCUCGUCGGUUGCCGCCGCCGCCGCCGCCGCAGCGGUCCUGCAGCCUUCGGUGCCGGUGCCGAUGAGGAGCAAGGGAAAGGGCGGUGGGGGUGGGAGGACCAGGCUGCCGCGCUCGCCUUCGUACGGCUACGGAUGGAGCUGGUCGUCGUCGUCGGCGGCGGCCACUGAUACCGACACCGACGGCGAGGCCGCGCCGUUCAGCAGCGACGGGGAGGGGGAGGAGGAGGGGCCGGCGGGCAGGGCGAGGUCGUACACGCUCUUCUCUUCCCGCAGCCUUAGCUUCUCCUCCGAUUCCACCUCCGACCUGUACAGCACCACCAAUAAAAACGGCGGCAGCGGCGGCGGCACAAGACCACGGCGCGGAAAGAAAAAACCGCCGCCGCCACCGAGGCCCGUGAACAGCAGGCAACCCGCCACCGCCGACGCGUUCCGGCCGCCGGCGGGCGAGCACCGCGGGAAGAAGAAGAAGAAGAAGGAGAGGAAGCCGGGUGAUGGCAGUAGGUGCGGGUGCGGCAGCGCCGUGGCAUCGUCUGCGGCCGCGGGCAGCACGGCGGUGGUGAAGCUGUCGCGCAACCCGUACGCCGACUUCCGGAGCUCCAUGGCGGAGAUGGUGGCCGGGCGGCGCAUCCGCGGCGCCGACGCGCUCAGCGAGCUCCUGGUGUGGUACCUGUCCCUCAACUCGCCGCGCCACCACCUGGCCAUCCUCGCCGCCUUCGAGGACGUCUGGGAGGCCGUACUGGGCAGCGGCGAGCCCUGA